AUGGCCACAGCAGCCUCCAAAAAGGACUGGAACGCAGCCCUCUACCUCAAGUUCGGCAACGAACGUACCCGCCCUGUCUACGACACCGUCAACCAGAUAACCCAAUACAUCACUACUCCUAACCCGCGCAUCUACGAUCUCGGCUGCGGCCCCGGAAACUCAACGAAAGUCCUCCUCGAUACCUUCCCCGGCGCGAAGAUCUCGGGUAUGGAUUCCAGCCCGGACAUGAUUUCCAAGGCCCACGCCGCGCUGCCGGAUGUGCAAUUUGAGUUGGGUGAUCUGGCAUCGUUCAAGCCGCAGGACGGGGAGGAGGUGGAUUUACUGUUCAGUAACGCGGUGUUUCACUGGCUGAGAAGUCCGACGCGGAUCGACACGUUGACUCGACUGUUCAAGGCGCUGAAGAAGGGGGGUGUGCUUGCCAUCCAGGUUCCCGACAACUACGAGGAGCUAAGUCACUCGCUUAUGCGGGAUGUGGCGAAGCAAGAGGACAAGCCGUGGGCGAAGUACUUUGAGGAUGCGCAGAUUGGGCGCCUUGCUGACAAGAGCAGGCCGGAUCUGGAUCCUAUCGAGCCGCCGCAUGAGUUUUAUAAUGCCCUUGCGCCGCAUGCGGACAAGGUGGAAAUUUGGCGGACGAAGUAUGGACAUGUGCUGGAAGAUGCGCAUGCUAUUGCCGAGUGGGUCAAAGGCACGGGGCUGCAGCCGUACCUGCAGCGGAUGGAUGAUGAGAAUAUAAAGCAGGAGUAUUUGAAAGCGUACGAGGAAAAGUUGAAAGAAGCAUAUCCGCAGUUGGUGGACGGAAAGGUGCUGUUGGGAUACCCAAGGUUGUUCGUCCUUGCUGUUAGGAAGUAA